AUGAGCUUAUCCAAGAAGGUGUCUCAAAGUAACGACACAAGCAUUAACUUCCCAAGCAAGGCUACGGCUCUGAAUCCGAAUGCCAUAGAGUUUGUUCCAUUUUCCCUCAGAUCACCUGGAAGUACUUCAAACACAGCUGAUACAGCUCCAAGGUUUGCCACUUCUGCGGCUGUUGGGAAUGCAGCUCUUAAUCGUUCAGAUUCAUCUGUAUCUAAUGCCUCAGAUGAAGAAGCUCAUCGGUUCUGGCGUCACCAGCUACCUGAUGAUAUCACUCCUGACUUCAAGGUGGUGGGUGAAGAUGAUUCUCAAGGAUAUGAUGUCCUUUCUUUGGCAGGCUUGUCAUUGAACGAUGUUACUGAAGCCUCGAGGUUCUCCCCUUCUGUCGGCAGUGGGCAUGUAUAUAAUGGACAACAACCAUCUCCUCGUCAUCUGAAUGGUGGCGUCUAUGGUGACAAGAUGAAGUUUCCUGCUUCUUCUUAUGCUGAAGAUCAGACAGCAGGCAGUCUUUUGAAUAUUUCUGCUAAGCCAUGGGACAAACAAGUUAUGAACACAGAUCAACUUCUUGGCAACGGGAGGGAGAUAAAUCCUUACAGUGACAAUUCUGGACAAGUGUUCAUGAAUGACAUGUUAAGUGAACAUGCUAUGAUGGAUGGGACAGAAAUGAAUCCCUUGGAGUUUCUGGCUUCUCAAUUCCCUGGAUUUGCUGCUGAAAGCCUCGCGGAAGUUUAUUUCGCGAAUGGGUGUGACUUAAAUCUUACAAUCGAGAUGCUCACUCAGCUAGAGCUUCAGGUAGAUGGUGGUUUUAGCCAGAGUAUGAAUUCAAAGGCGUUGUCAGCUCCCAAUCUCAGUGCAAUGGAUUUCCCUGCUCUUUCUAUGCAAGAGAGCCAGAAUGGCUCCUCAAAGUAUCCUAGAGAUGAUAUUCAGCAAAGUAUAAACUCAUCAUACCAAUCUCCUGAGAAAGAGAACAUGCUCAUGUUCAAGUCUGGUCCAUCCUUUCCAUCUAGAGGAGCAACUGAUUUUGCUUCAGCUGUUAGGAAAAUGGCCCUUCAAGAUUCUAAUGUGUGGAAAUACGAAAGGAAUGGUCCUGCUGAUUCCUCCACAGUUGGUUCAAGCAGAAGUUCGAAUGUUCUGGCUAGUGCAUAUAGUAGUUCCCAAGGGAGAGCCAUGUAUACGGAUAGGUUACAGAAUCGUACUUCUUCUCGAGCCACUCCUACUUGGCUUGAAACUGGAGAAGCAGUUGCAAAUUUGUAUUCUGAGAUGCGGGAAGAAGCACGUGAUCAUGCACGUUUGAGGAAUGCCUACUUUGAACAGGCACGCCAAGCAUAUCUCAUAGGAAAUAAAGCCUUGGCUAAGGAGUUGAGUGUCAAAGGGCAGCUGCACAAUGUGCAGAUGAAGACAGCCCAUGGGAAAGCACAGGAUUCGAUAUACCGACAGAGGAACCAAGGUGGCCUGGAGACACAGGGAAACGGCAGAGUUGGACAUGAGCGGAUGAUAGACCUACAUGGUCUGCAUGUAAGUGAAGCCAUUCACGUGCUGAGGCACGAGUUAGGUGUUUUGAGGAGCACUGCCAGAUCUGCAGAUCAGCGGUUACAGGUUUACAUAUGCGUUGGAACAGGGCAUCACACAAGAGGUGCUCGAACCCCUGCACGACUUCCAAUUGCUGUACAGCGGUAUCUGCUCGAAGAGGAGGGCCUUGACUACUCCGAACCCCAGCCGGGGCUCCUCAGGGUAGUGAUGUACUGA